AUGUCUAUGACGGCCUAUCGACCGCUGCAGUACAGAGCGGCAGCGGGCUUCCCUUUGGGGCCUUGGGGUAGGGCUUCGCUCCAGGGCGCAUCUUUGUGCACUUGUGAGAAGCUGCUAGAAAGAUCUGAAGAAACGCCAAGUGCCUCUCGUCGGCUCCUUUGUGUCUCUCGAGCAACGGCGCUCAACUCUCAGCAGGUGGAAGCACUGUUGGGCACUUCGCACUUCGUGCUGCUGCUGCUGCCGCCUUCGGGCGUCACCCUGAACGCAACAGAGGCGGCGGAAAUUAGGGAAAUUGAGAAACUGUUGCUGGACAGGCACAGCACUGCUGCUGUUGCCUUUUCACGGGAGACUAGAGACGCAACUGUUCUACUGGAGAGGCUCAAUAGGGACGAAGAGUACGAUGAUGCCCCCGCGAGAACGCGGAUGCUGCGCCCUUACUUAACGACCUAUACUACGUACUCUCAGGAGUGGCAGCCUAUCAAAUCAGUCAAGGGCUCGACGCUGACAUCGUGGCUUCAUGGGCAACCUGGGCAAGAUGGCUCCCUUCCGCCCACAAUAGUAUUUGUGGCUCACCAUGAUGCCUUCGCUGCCGUGCCGCAUUUCGCGACGGGCAUCAGCACUGGCGGCAGUGGACUCAUAACUCUUCUUUGGCUUGCUCGAGAGUUGAAAAUGUUUUACAAACGAGAACCACUGGCAUACAGCGUGGCAUUUGUGUUGGCGGACGCUAGUGCAAUGAACUACGAAGGAGUGGCCGAUUGGAUUGGCCGGACAGACCCACGUCUUUUGAACGCCACUCGAUACGUGCUGUGCCUUGACAAUGUGGCCUCCACCGCCCUAAGUCUUCACACCCCGAAGGCAUACAAAGACCCUGAAGCCUCCCGGUUUAUGCAGAUGCUGGAAAGCUCGCUAUUGGAGGAAGGAGUGCAGAUGUCCAAACGCACAAAAAAAAUCGCCAUAGGAGAGAAGGUGUUGCCCUUUUGGCCACAUGAGCACUUCACAAGGGCUAAACUGAUUGCAGCCACCCUCUCAGCAGAGCCGGAGCUCAAACACCUCUGGAAUCGAAGCUCGCUGACAGAUGACAGCCUGAACAAAGAAGCCCUGGUGAAGACUGUACGAGGAUUGGCAGAAGGCACUGCGCGUUUCUUGGCCAAUGUGGAGAAGCCCAGUACUCGCCUGACGUUUCGCGGCGGUGAAGAGGCGUUUGACGUCUUCGUCAGCUCAUGGGUUAAGUUCUUCGCCUACCGGAACGUGCCAGAGUACAUGAGUUCGCCGUUUGCCAACCGCAUUUUUGUCAAGUCCCUAUCAGAGGAGAUGGAGAACGUGGGACUGUCAACUGAGCUGCAUGAAUUCGAUGUUGACAUGGGCGAAUUCUCCUUUUCAUACGAGCCUUCAGUAACCAUUGAGGUGUCGGAAACUCGUCCCACGUUUUUUGAUUGGCUGCUUCUUCUCGGGGCUGCUGCCUAUUCUUUUGCCAUAUAUUUGGCGAUCAAAGGCGCGAUGUCCACCAAUAUACUUGAGGGCCCAUCUUGUUCUCCUGCUGUAUCGCCAGCAAGCGAGCGGGGUUCGCCUCGUGCAAACGACACAAAAACGAAGUGA